GCCCCGGCAGAACGCGGAGGGAGCGGAGCAGACACAGUGCGCUCGCCGGGCCCUGCCACGCUGCCGCUGCCCCCGCCCGACCCCGCUCCGGCCCGCGACCCCCCCCACCAUGUCGGUAGAACUCGAAGAAGCCGAUUUGCCCCUGACSGAAGCAGAGGAGGCGCCGCUUUCCCCGGAGAAGAAAUCGGCUGCUAAGAAGGCGAAAGGAGGCGGCGGCGCCUCGUUGUCGCCAUCGAAGAAAAGGAAGAACAACAAGAAGAAGAACCAGCCUGGCAAAUACAGCCAGCUAGUGGUGGAGACGAUCCGCAAACUGGGCGAGCGUAAUGGCUCCUCGCUGGCCAAGAUCUACAACGAGGCCAAGAAGGUGGCCUGGUUCGACCAGCAGAACGGCAGGACCUACCUGAAGUACUCCAUCAAGGCACUGGUACAAAACGACACGCUGCUCCAAGUCAAGGGCACCGGCGCCAACGGCUCUUUCAAGCUCAACAGGAAGAAGCUGGAAGGCGGCGGCGAGGGGGGCGCGGGCAGCAGCGCCCACAAGUCCCACAAGAAGGCGACGGCAUCCUCGACCCGGCGGGCGGAGAAGCCGGCGGCUAAGAGCAAGAAGCCCGAGAAGAAAUCGCACAAGAAAGGAGCCGCCGCCACCGCGGCUAAGAAGGACAAGGGCAAAGCCAAGAAGGCCACAAAGAAGGGAGCCGCGUCCCCCGGGGGCAAGAAGGUGAAGAAAUCGGCAAAGCCCAAGGCGCUCAAGAGCCGGAAGGCAUGAGGUGGGGGCGCAGGGAGCCUCCCGCCGCCCCCCGGACUGUGAGCCCUGCGGCACAGACUGCUCUGAGGACAGACCCCAGGGGACCCGCUUUGUCUUUGUGUUGCUGACUCGGCUCCGCAGCCGCCGCUGUGCGCGGUGAGCGGGGCUGCGGCUGCCCCAGCCCCCUUCCCCUUCUCUGCCGCCUUAUUUUUUCCACCUCCUUUCCCCCAUCCCACUCCGCGGCUUCUCCCCGAUCGCGCCCUUUUGUUUUCGGCCGUGCCCCUCCCCGCCUGUAGACGGUUCCCGGCCCCCACCCCCUCCCGCGUUCCCCGGUUCUUCACUGGGAUUUUUCCCGCCCGGUUUCCAUAGCAGCCAUUUUGCGGCGGGGCCCCCCCCGCGCCACGUGGGCCGGUCCCGCUCCCGCCGCCCGCGCG